AUGCCUAGUGCCGUAUUAGGGCCGCGAACUCUCUACGACAAGGUCCUGCAAGACCAUAUCGUCGACGAGAGGGACGAUGGCACAAUCUUGCUUUAUAUUGAUCGCCACCUUGUGCAUGAAGUCACGUCUCCUCAAGCCUUCGAGGGCCUAAGAAAUGCCGGCCGAAAAGUCAGACGACCAGAUUGCACUCUCGCAACCACUGACCACAAUGUUCCCACCAGCCCCCGCACCAACUUGAAGGACAUCUCGAGUUUUAUUAAAGAUGCCGACUCUCGAACACAAUGUGUCACUUUGGAGGAAAACGUCCGAGACUUCAAGCUCACAUUCUUCGGACUGAACGACAAGAGGCAAGGGAUCGUGCACAUUAUCGGUCCCGAGCAAGGCUUCACCCUUCCUGGUACCACCCUUGUCUGCGGUGACAGUCACACCUCGACCCAUGGAGCAUUUGGCGCUCUCGCUUUCGGUAUCGGUACCAGCGAAGUCGAGCAUGUCCUUGCCACCCAGACCCUUAUCACGAAGCGCAGCAAGAAUAUGAAGAUCCAAGUCGAUGGCGAACUGGCCCCUGGUGUUAGCAGCAAAGACGUCAUCCUCCACGUUAUUGGCCUUAUCGGCACCGCGGGAGGUACUGGCUGUGUUGUCGAGUUCUGCGGAUCCUCCAUCAGGAGUCUCAGUAUGGAGGCAAGGAUGUCCAUCUGCAACAUGGCCAUCGAAGGUGGUGCAAGGGCCGGAAUGAUCGCCCCUGAUCAGACAACCUAUGAUUAUCUCAAGGGCCGCCCGCUUGCACCCAAGGCUGAUAGCCCCGACUGGAAGCGCGCAGUACAGUACUGGUCUUCCCUCAGUACUGAUGAUGGUGCCAAGUUCGACAAGGAGGUCUAUAUCAACGCAAAAGAUAUCGCCCCAACCGUCACCUGGGGUACUUCGCCUCAGGAUGUCAUCCCGAUCACCGGCGUUAUCCCCGGCCCAGAUGACUUCACUGACCCAAACAAAAAGGAGGCCUGCAAGCGCUCUCUGGAAUAUAUGGGCCUGACCGCUGGUACACCCGUGCAGGACGUUGUCCUGGACAAGAUCUUCAUCGGCAGCUGCACAAACGCCCGCAUUGAGGAUCUACGCGCUGUAGCAAAGGUCGUCAACGGCAAGCAUAUUGCAUCCAACAUUAAGCGCGCAAUGAUCGUUCCAGGAUCUGGUCUGGUCAAGAAGCAGGCCGAGGACGAAGGUCUCGACAAGAUCUUUAUCGAUGCUGGCUUCGAAUGGCGAGAGGCUGGUUGCUCAAUGUGUCUUGGCAUGAACCCCGACAUCCUCGCCCCUAAGGAGCGAUGCGCGUCCACAUCCAAUCGCAACUUUGAGGGUCGCCAGGGAGCCGGUAGCCGGACUCACCUGAUGUCACCAGUUAUGGCUGCGGCAUGCGCCCUUGUUGGCAAGCUUGCCGAUGUCAGAACUGUCGCCAGUGCUGCCCAUGUCUCCCCUGCCAAGGCGUCUCCCAAGAUCACGAUUGAGGACCCAACCUUGGACGACAUUCUCACCGACGACGAAGACUUGGACCGCAUCCUUGAUCAACCCGAGGACGGGGCAAAUGCCGGCGCUGAAACUGAUGUCCCAACCCCAUCCGGUGGCAUGGCCAAGUUCACGCAGCUCAGGGGUAUCGCAGCCCCCAUGGAGCGAACCAACGUCGACACGGAUGCUAUCAUCCCCAAACAGUUCUUGAAGACCAUCAAGCGGUCAGGUCUCGGCUCCGCCCUCUUCUACCAAUGGCGGUAUGACAGCGAGACCGGCGAGGAAAACCCCGACUUCGUUCUGAACAAGGAGCCCUACCGCAACGCCAAGAUCUUGGUUGUGACUGGCGCAAACUUUGGUUGCGGAUCAAGCCGUGAGCAUGCUCCGUGGGCAUUGCUUGACUUUGGCAUUCGCUGCAUUAUUGCUCCCUCUUUUGCGGACAUCCACGAAACAAAUCUUUACAAGAACGGCAUGCUUCCCCUCAUAAUGAAGCCAGAGGCACUCGAGAGGGUCGCUGUCGAGGCAAGGGCCGGCCGCGAGAUCGAGGUCGAUCUCCCCGCGCAAGUGGUCAAGACGGCGGAUGGUAAGGAGCUGGGCACGUUCGAGAUGGAGAGCUUCAGGAAACACUGCCUGGUCAACGGCCUCGACGACAUCGGCCUCACCACGCAGAUGGAGGACAAGAUCCGCGAUUUCGAGAGGCGGAGGACGCAGAACACCCCCUGGCUGGACGGUACCGGAUACCUCAAGAGGAAGGGGCCCGUCAUGGUGGAGGCCGCGCCGGUUCCCAAGACGAAUCGGGGAGAGGUCAAGAUGGAGCCGCUUGAGUGGUAA